AUGCGGAUGACCACUGAAGAAGCCUUCGUAAAGACCUUGCAGAUGCAUGGUAUCAAGAAUGCCUUUGGAAUCAUUGGCUCUGCUAUGAUGCCCAUCUCAGAUCUCUUCCCAGCUGCAGGCAUCAAAUUCUGGGAUUGUGCGCAUGAGUGCAAUGCUGGAAUGAUGGCAGAUGGCUACACCAGGACUACUGGGAAGAUGUCCAUGAUGAUCGCGCAGAAUGGACCUGGUAUCACCAACUUUGUGACGCCUGUGAAGACGGCUUUCUGGAAUCAUACCCCACUACUGUUGGUUACUCCGCAGGCGGCCAACAAGACCAUCGGCCAGGGUGGAUUUCAAGAAGUGGAACAGAUGGCCAUGUUCAAGGAUAGCGUGUGCUACCAAGAGGAGGUCAGGGACCAUACGCGCAUCUGCGAGGUACUGAACCGUGUGAUCGAGAAGGCACUUCACUGCAGUGCCCCUGCACAGAUCAACAUUCCUCGAGACUUCUGGACACAGGUGGUGGAGUUCCCACUGCCCACGGGCGUCAAGUUGGAACGCUCCGCAGGCGGCAAAGCCUCCACCCAAAAGGCGGCCGAGAUUUUGUCCCAGGCCAAAUUCCCGGUCUUGCUCAAUGGCGCCGGUGUGAUUCUCUCUGGAGCAGUAGAGACUUCUGUGAAAUUGGCGGAGAAGUUGGGUGCACCCGUGUGCUGCAACUAUCAGCACAACGAUGCCUUCCCAGGUGACCAUCCUUUGCACGUGGGACCUCUUGGCUACAACGGUUCCAAGGCCGCUAUGGAGAUGAUCUCCAAAGCAGAUGUGGUGCUGGCGUUGGGCACCAGGUUGAACCCUUUCUCCACGCUGCCAUGCUAUGGCAUCGAGUAUUGGCCAAAGGAUGCCAAGCUCAUUCAGGUCGACAUCAACGGCGACCGCAUCGGACUGACAAAGCCAGUGGAUGUUGGAAUCCAGGGUGAUGCAGGCGAUGGGCCGGGAGAAAAUGAGGAAGAUCUCCUGGCUCAACUGGCUCCUGGGGCUGGGCAAAGCGGCCGGGCCGAACGUGAAAAGCUCAUCAAGGAGAAGAAGUCGGCAUGGGCUGCUGAACUGAACAGCAUGGACCACGAGCUGGACGACGAAGGCACCACCUGGAACCAACGCGCGCGUCAGGCGGCACCUGAGCGGAUGUCGCCUAGACAGGCGUGGAGGGCCAUCAUGCGACAGAUGCCCCAGGAUGCUAUCAUGUCCUCCGACAUUGGCAACAAUUGCGCCAUUGGCAACGCCUACCCUUCCUUUCAGUCGCCCAGAAAGUACCUCUCUCCUGGGCUUUUCGGUCCCUGUGGGUAUGGUUUCCCGUCCAUCCUGGGUGCGAAGGUGGGCAACCCCGAGGUGCCCGUGGUGGGCUUCGCAGGCGAUGGAGCCUUUGGCAUCUCCAUCAACGAGCUGACCGCCUGUGGUCGAGGUGAUUGGCCACCUGUGACCAUGGUGGUCUUCCGAAACUUUCAGUGGGGUGCGGAGAAACGCAACACCACCCUGUGGUACGAUGACAACUUUGUCGGCACCGAGCUGAACAAAGGCGUGGAAUAUGCGGAGAUGGCCAAGGCUUGUGGCCUGAAGGGCGUGAAGGUUGGCAGUGUCUCUGAGCUUGAGGAGGCUUUGAAGACGGCCAUUGAGGGUCAGAUGCAACGGAAGGAGACCACCCUGGUGGAAGUGCUGCUGAACCAGGAACUCGGGGAGCCCUUCCGGCGGGAUGCCAUGAAGGCUCCAGUGCAGCCACUUGGCGUAGCUGACCGUUGGUGA